AUGAAUGCUCCUUUGAUUACACAAGCUGUAGUAUACAUAGCGAACGAACGCUUCCAGUGGAAGGGCUUUGUAUGCCAUUCAAGGAAACAACCGAAGACUUCUGAGCGAUCCACCUGGCAAAGAUCUGAAAGAUUUGUGUCCUCUGUUGGUGCGGGCGAAAUGGAAAUUAUCAUUGGAGGUUACCGUUAUUGGGUAUAUGCAUGCCUAGGCGUUAUCGGGUACCACCACGCGAGCUUGAUUCGACGCGGAUGGUGGGGCAAGCAUGGUGUCGACAAAGAUAGGUUAUACAUAUCGACAUCGGAAGAGAUGCCCGAAAGGAAAGAUGGCAGCUUCGAGAAGGUGGCGGUAUACAGUCUCGAGGUCGACGAGGGUGCAAGUCCGAUACCCUUCCCAAUGACAUGA